CACAAGAGAUUUUCAGACAACAACAAUGACCAAGUGUCGGAGAAGAAGAUUACAUCUGAGCAACAUAUACGCAUUCAAAGGUCGUAAAUCAAGUUUUCAAGAAGAUCAUUCACACAUAGGAGGACCUGGUUUCUCACGAGUUGUUUAUUGUAACGAACCAAAUUCUCCGGCGGCUGAACGACGUAACUACACCGGAAACUAUGUCCGGUCAACUAAAUACACUCCAGCUUCUUUCAUACCAAAAUCACUCUUUGAACAGUUCCGUCGUGUCGCCAAUUUCUACUUCCUCGUCACCGGAAUCUUAUCGUUGACAUCUCUCUCUCCUUACAGCCCCAUUAGUGCUCUCUUACCUCUCACCUUCGUCAUCGCCGCAAGUAUGGUUAAAGAAGCUAUCGAAGAUUGGGGUCGGAAAAAACAGGAUAUAGAAAUGAAUAAUAGGAAAGUGAAGGUUCACGACGGAAAUGGAAACUUCCGGCGAGAAGGAUGGAGGAAUCUUAAGGUCGGAGAUAUAGUAAGAGUUGAAAAAGACGAGUUUUUUCCGGCGGAUCUUUUGCUUUUAUCAUCGAGCUACGAAGAUUCGAUUUGUUAUGUAGAGACUAUGAAUCUUGAUGGAGAAACGAAUCUGAAAGUGAAGCAAGGUUUAGAAGCGACUUCAUCAGCUUUACAUGAAGAUUCAGAUUUCAAAGAGUUAAAAGCUCUUGUGAAAUGUGAAGAUCCAAAUGCAGAUCUUUAUACGUUUGUUGGAACUUUACAUUUUGAAGAACAGAGAUUACCAUUGUCGAUUACACAGCUUCUUCUUCGAGAUUCCAAGCUUAGAAACACAGAGUAUGUUUAUGGUGCUGUUGUCUUCACUGGACAUGACACAAAGGUGAUUCAAAAUUCAACUGAUCCACCAUCGAAGAGAAGCAGAAUCGAGAGAAAAAUGGAUAAAAUCAUCUACUUGAUGUUCGGUGUUGUGUUUUUGAUGUCGUUUAUCGGUUCGAUUGUCUUUGGUGUUGAGACUAGAGAAGAUAGAGUGAGAAAUGGAGGAAGAACAGAGAGAUGGUACUUAAGACCAGACGAGGCAGAUAUCUUCUUUGAUCCAGACAGAGCUCCAAUGGCUGCCAUUUACCAUUUCUUCACUGCGGUUAUGCUCUACAGUUACUUCAUACCGAUUUCGCUUUAUGUCUCUAUCGAAAUCGUGAAAGUUCUUCAGAGUGUUUUCAUCAACAAUGACAUUCUUAUGUACUACGAGGAGAAUGAUAAACCUGCGCAUGCUAGGACGUCUAAUCUCAAUGAAGAGCUCGGAAUGGUUGAUACGAUUCUAUCUGAUAAAACCGGUACCUUGACCUGCAAUUCAAUGGAGUUUAUCAAAUGUUCUAUCGCGGGAACUGCUUACGGACGCGGUAUAACUGAAGUUGAAAGAUCUAUGGCUAUGAGAAGCAAUGGUUCAAAUUUGGUUAGUGAAGAUUUGGAUGUUGUAGUGGACCAGUCUGGUCCUAAGAUCAAAGGGUUUAAUUUCCAGGAUGAGAGGGUUAUGAAAGGGAAUUGGGUUAAGCAGCGAGAUGCAGCGGUUUUGCAGAAGUUUUUCAGGUUGUUAGCUGUUUGUCACACGGCUAUACCCGAAACCGAUGAAGCUACAGGGAGUGUCUCUUAUGAGGCUGAGUCUCCUGAUGAAGCUGCAUUUGUUGUUGCGGCUCGAGAAUUCGGGUUUGAGUUCUUUAGCCGUACGCAAAACGGGAUUUCUUUCCGUGAAUUGGAUCUUGCUUCAGGGAAAACAGUAGAAAGAGUAUAUCGGUUAUUAAACGUUCUUGAGUUUAACAGCGCGAGAAAGAGAAUGUCGGUUAUUGUGCGCGACGAAGAUGGGAGACUUCUGUUACUGUCCAAAGGAGCUGACAAUGUAAUGUUUGAAAGACUUGCAAAAAACGGGCGAAAGUUCGAAGAGAAGACUCGAGAACAUGUUAAUGAAUAUGCAGAUGCAGGGCUAAGGACAUUGAUACUUGCAUACCGUGAGGUUGAUGAGAAUGAGUAUAUAGAAUUCAGCAAGAACUUCAAUGAAGCUAAGAACUCGGUGACAGCGGAUCGUGAGAGCUUAAUCGAUGAAAUCACAGAUCAGAUGGAACGCAAUUUGAUUCUCCUUGGUGCUACUGCUGUUGAGGAUAAACUUCAAAAUGGGGUUCCGGACUGCAUCGACAAGCUAGCUCAAGCAGGAAUAAAGAUUUGGGUUCUAACCGGAGACAAAAUGGAGACUGCAAUCAAUAUCGGAUUUGCUUGUAGUUUACUAAGACAAGAGAUGAAACAGAUCAUCAUAAAUCUUGAGACACCACAUAUCAAAGCAUUGGAGAAAGCUGGUGGGAAAGAUGAGAUUGAACAGGCAUCACGAGAAAGCGUGGUGAAGCAAAUGGAAGAAGGGAAAGCUCUACUCACAGCAUCACGCAGCGCGAGCUCUCAUGAGGCUUUUGCCUUGAUCAUUGACGGGAAGUCACUAACCUAUGCUCUUGAAGAUGAUUUCAAGAAGAAGUUUCUUGAUUUAGCCACAGGAUGUGCCUCUGUUAUUUGUUGCAGAUCAUCACCUAAACAAAAGGCACUGGUUACGCGGUUGGUCAAAUCUGGAACCGGGAAGACAACUUUAGCUAUUGGAGAUGGAGCAAAUGACGUCGGAAUGCUUCAAGAAGCGGAUAUCGGUGUUGGAAUCAGCGGUGUUGAGGGAAUGCAAGCGGUUAUGUCUAGCGAUAUAGCCAUUGCUCAAUUCCGUUACUUAGAGCGUCUCUUGCUGGUCCAUGGUCACUGGUGCUACAGUAGAAUCUCAUCAAUGAUAUGUUACUUCUUCUACAAGAAUAUCACUUUUGGUGUCACCGUAUUCUUAUACGAAGCCUACACAUCCUUCUCUGCUCAACCCGCAUAUAAUGACUGGUUUUUAUCACUAUUCAACGUUUUCUUCUCUUCGCUUCCUGUCAUUGCUCUCGGAGUUUUCGAUCAAGACGUCUCAGCUCGUUACUGUUACAAGUUCCCGUUGCUAUACCAAGAAGGAGUUCAGAAUCUUCUCUUCAGCUGGAAGAGAAUCAUCGGAUGGAUGUUCAACGGAGUCUUCACCGCGCUCGCCAUUUUCUUCCUCUGCAAGGAAUCUCUAAAACACCAAAUCUACAACCCUAAUGGCAAAACUGCCGGCAGAGAAAUCCUCGGCGGGACAAUGUACACUUGCGUAGUCUGGGUCGUCAAUCUCCAAAUGGCUUUAGCCAUAAGUUACUUCACUUGGCUCCAACACAUUGUAAUAUGGGGAUCAGUUGCAUUCUGGUAUAUCUUCCUCAUGAUCUAUGGAGCCAUCGCUCCUAGCUUCUCCACAGAUGCUUACAAAGUCUUCAUCGAAGCCUUAGCUCCAGCUCCAUCUUACUGGCUCACCACUCUCUUCGUGAUGUUCUUCGCUUUGAUCCCUUUCUUCGUCUUCAAGUCAGUUCAGAUGAGAUUCUUCCCAGGUUACCAUCAAAUGAUUCAGUGGAUUCGGUACGAGGGUCAUUCUAACGAUCCCGAGUUUGUGGAAAUGGUUAGGCAGAGAUCGAUUCGGCCCACGACCGUUGGUUUCACUGCAAGAAGAGCGGCUAGUGUACGGCGGUCAGGUAGGUUUCAUGAUCAGCUCAACAAGAAUUUCAUUGCUUUCUAAAGAGAAGAGAAAUAGAAGUGUCUCAGUGUUUGUGCAUAUGUACUUGUAUAUAGAGAUAUCAAUCUUGGGGAAAGCUAGGGUUCUCUUUUAUAUGUUAUUUGUAUGUAUUUCCCUUGUAGAUCACGAUUUGUUUUUCAAUUUAAUUGUAUUUAUAAUUGAUAAAUAAUAACCUUUUUG